AUGUUAAGCCAAAUAUGUUUGAAUAUCAAAUGGAAAGGACAUGCUGGAGCACCAAAUGACCGCCAAUUUAAUGAUGGGGAUCUUUGCCUUUUUGAUAUGGGACCGGAAUAUAAUUGUUAUGGUUCUGAUGUGACUUGUACAUUCCCUGCUAAUGGAAAAUUUUCUGAAAAACAAAAACUAAUUUACAAUGCUGUUUAUAGAGCUAAUCGAACAGUUUUAAAGGAAGCUAAGCCUGGCAUUCGUUGGACAGAGAUGCAUUUACUUGCAGAGAAAAUAAUUUUAGAAGAUUUGCAGGCUGGGGGGUUAUUAAUUGGUAAAGUAGAGGAAAUGGUGGAAAAGAGAAUUGGAGCUAUCUUUAUGCCUCAUGGAUUGGGGCAUUUUAUGGGACUAGAUAUUCACGAUGUUGGCGGAUAUUUGGGGGUAUUUUCUUCUAAUAAAAGACUAAACUUCGAUAAGUAUGGUUGGGGGUUCUCGAAUCGGGCCAACGUUCGAGUCGUUUUCAGGCCGGCCCGCCGAGUCGAGUAA